AUGGCUGCCGUGCCGCAGAGGACGCUCAACUGGCUCUAUGGCAUCCUGACCAGGGACCAUUAUGAUCCCAACCAAACGUACCAGGACCCCAAUCGGACCUACUACGAUGUCGCAAGUGCACUUGCUCAAUACCCAUCCCUGUCCCCGCGAACCGAUGUCUACACCUUCGAAACUGGGUUCUCUGCCCUCCUCCUCCAUAUAACGGGUACUUUACCUGUUUCCUUUCGCGGCACGAUCUACAAGUUCCCAAUAGCACUAUGGAUACCAAGUACCUACCCUCGCGAACCCCCAAUCGUCUAUGUGACCCCGACGCAGGAUAUGGCUGUCAGAGUUGGACAACAUGUGACGUUGGAGGGGAGGGUAUAUCAUCACUACUUAGCCCAUUGGGCUGAAGCAUGGGAUAGAUCAACAAUCGUCGAUUUCCUAUACAUUCUUCGAGAGGUUUUCGCAAAGGAACCGCCGGUCAGGGCCAAGCAACAGCCAAUGCAGACCCCUCCGCAACCUAAUCAGAUGCAAGCGCCUCCGCCUCGUCCUCCAUUACCUCCGGAAUUGGGGCCUCGAGUGGCCAGUCCCUCGGUGGCUCAGGGUGUCGCUCCACCCCAGCCGACAGCUCAGACGCCACCACAGCCUCCACCGAAGCCGGGGCAAAUGGUUUCUGCUGGACAGCACACUCCUCCAUCGGGACGAUACGAUUCCCCUCCUCUACUGCCUCCGUUGCCGCCAAAAGAGCAUGACCCAAGACGGCUUUCUUUCCAGCCACACGCAAAUGCCGGUGUCCCCGCGGAUAGGGCUUCGCAAUACCCCCCAGCGAGGAUAGGUAGUUUAGAUGGAACAAGGGGUCCAUACCAGGCAGUCCAACCACAGCAACAUACAGCACAGCCAGUUCCGACUUAUCCACCAGGACCAGCUUAUCCUCAAGGAAGUAGUGAUACACCAGGGACCCCUUUGCCGCAGAAUGUUCCUCAAGGACCUCCCCACCAGCCUCCUCAAGGUUUGCCGUUUCAACAAAUCCCGAGGCACUAUUCGGGAAUUCAGCAAGCACCGAGUCAACAUCAACAAAUACCGCAUCAGGCACAGCAAGUUCCUCAGCAACUGCAGCACCAUCAGUCUCAGCAAGCGGUACCAAAUGCACAGCCAGUGCCGGCACCCAAGACCAAUGCGCCGGAUCUCCUAACCUCACCCUUCGAGCUUGAACUUCCCUCUUUUGCGCCAUCAGGUCCCGCGCCGCCUAUUCCACCCAACCCAGAGAAAUAUGCGCUGCUGCAUGCUGUCUCCAAGACACUCGCUGAGACUUUACAGUCCAACGUAUCUCAAUCCGAGGCUGCAGCUCAAUCUCUUCUUUCACAGUCUCAGUCACUUCAUGCAACCGUAGCUACACUACAAGGCGAAAUUUCCUCACUGAACACCCUCAAUUCAACACUCCAGUCCAACUCUUCCGUCCUUCAACAAUCACUUCACCGAGCCGACGGCGUCAUCGCAGAUGCACAGGCACGAAUCUCCUCGCCAGCCCCUGGUUCUUCCACCAUGGAGGUAACACCAACCGGGCUACCCCCAAUCGACGAGGUCCUCGUCGCCCCCACAGUCGUGGGAAAGCAGCUGUACGAUCUCGUCGCAGAGGAAAAUGGAAUCCAACAGGCGAUCUACGCCUUGCAAGUCGCUCUUGUCAAGGGCGUCAUUGGAGUCGAUACAUGGUCACGUCAUACACGAGGUUUGGCCCGUGAGGCAUUCCUCAAACGGGCUCUUAUUCGUAAGAUUGGAAAAGGCAUGGCCCUUGAGGAGAGCUAG